GGCCUAUGGAGGCCUAAACAUGGAAGCCAUAUCCGAAACCAAUGGCGUAGCAUAGUGUUUCGGAGUUUCGAGAAAUUCUCGCCGUCCCGGUCCUCAGCAAGACCUAUGUGGAUGGAAUAUUAACUUUUUGGAUAAACGUACACAGAAAAUACAUACAAUGUCUGGGAUAAGAUGCCCGCUGAACCAUCGGCUGCCUUCAAUGACGGUGCAUUCGAGAGAUUCCUGACGUCAGCCAUAGCAACCAUCCUAACUCUCAUCUUCUCGUGGCAAAUAAUCAUCGACAUGGAACACCGCGCGGUAAAGAGACUGCAGGAGGGCAAAGGUCAAGACGACACGCUCUCUCAUGACGAUUACAGAAACAAGAAAAGGGCACGAAGCGAAGAUAUUACACGAAACGGUUUCAAUGAUGCUGCACUACUUCAGAAAGACGUUACACAACAAACUGAAGGUAAAAACCAAGACGAUUUCGAAGAUGACGUAUUUCUUGGUAACUCAACUGUCCCCCAAAACAAAUACAGGACUGGGCGUUGGAAUAACCUUCACGAAAGCGAAGCAAAUAAUUUCGGUGAUAGAAGUUUAAGUGACGGCGAAGCAGAGUUCUUGAAAGCUGUUGACAAGAACAACGAGUUGACUUUCGAUGAGGAACUCAGUUCGAUCCCUGCGCAGCUUCCCCUGAUACAAGUGACACCUCCUAUUGGUGGUAUAAAGCGACCCCUAGAACCUUAUCAGACGUAUUUCGGGUCCGAUUCCGACUCUGACGCGGACUGCGAGCUUAUGCAGUACGAUUCUAACAAGUUAAGUCCGCUGGAUGACUUUUAUAUGGACUACGAAGACAGUAGUCCCAGUGGGUCAGACACCGAGGUUUUCUGCCGUCAUGUUUUGGAGGCGAUUUCGGAGGGUGACGAAGAAGAAUAUGAAAGCAUUUCCGAUUCCGAUUCUGAUGAAGACGAGGAACAGGUGGGAGACCAUCAGGAGAAGUCCCGCAAAUGUCACGAUGACAGGGAAAACAUUGGUCCUAAUCCACGUGGGCGGGUUGCUGAGACAAAGCCGCGGCAUUUGUUACCGGAUCGAGCGCCAUUUCGAAACCUACCAAUGAAUAAAGCGCAUACGAACGAAAAGUUUUUAACUGGCGCUAAUUCUACCAACGUGACACAAGAGGACUUGAUGAAUAAUUCUGAAAUGAGCCAUAAUCUGUCACAAAUGAAGGCACCCCGCGCAGAAGAAGAAGAGGACCUUUUUGAAAAUGCCAUUUACAUGAACAAAGAUUUUGAUAUGAAUGAAUGUCCUGUUGAGAAACAGACCGGGACUCACAGCUUUAUAACAGACUUCUCAAGGAACAUACAUAGAAGUACUCCCAUUGAAGACACUUCGCGAAGUGGUGAGAAAUCGCCAGGUAACAAAAUCCAUCUUGGUUGCCAUAGUAACGUAUCUUAUGUUGACGCGGACGCGGAGAUGAAUAUGUCUUCUCCAUUUACGGAUCCUCCUAUUUCGCGGGCGGAAUGCCCUGCUGAUUUCAAGAGGGACCACGAUGGUGAAAAUGUCAGCGAUAUGAAUGACUCAACUCGACCAGCCGGUCCAUUAACAAGUUUCCACAUUGGGCGGCACGACACGGAAGUUUCCAAUGGCUCACCAGGUGGUUCCACAGAUAAUGCAAUAUCGAUUGGUUCUAAUCUGGUGAGUACUGGUUCAACACACACUAGCCAAGUGCAUGUAGAGCGACUACUGGCGUGCACAGAAAGCCCCGGCUUGAACACUAUACAGCCAAGUCCAAGUAGUAAGGAUCAUACGGGGAUUAUAAGCAGGAACUACUACUUAGACGUCAAGAAACCCUCAAUGAAUCGAAUACGAGGCCAAGGGGUGGGCGAAUCAGAGGAUCUAAAUCCGCCGCCAUUUGUACAGGGAGGACGCGUAGGUGAUCUGUACACGGACUCUGUUUUGUCAGAUGGGACUCAUGAUAUCCCGCGAGGAUUUACUUUCGUUAGGUGUACGGAUUACGAGGAGGACUAUAAGGUAACCAGUACCCUUUUGUUUCAACCCCGUGACCCAGGGGUGAGACUGAAUGUGUGUAAUCCAAAUGCAACAGAGGAGCGCCACCAGCCAAAGGUAAUUGAAGUAGAUGUCCAUGACAUCGGCGCAAUUUUGAGUGACACAAGAAAAGCCAAGGCCGAGUUGUGUGGGGACACAGAGACUCGGGGCGAAACAGUUUGGGAUGACUUGGGAAAAUUUGAUGAGGUGACGCCAGAGAGGACAGAAACUGUUCACAGUGCUCCGCUUAAGUUUGAGAUUUAUAACAGGCAACCAGAACUAACUGCUGAAAGUGCCCAACAAGCUGUUGAUUUCGAACCCGUGAUUCCUGAGUUGAGGGCGGCGCUAAACCGCCCUGUUAGUGAUAACGAAAGUGACAAUGACAGUAGCAGUACGACUACUGGCGACACCGCAAUAGAGGUAAUCAACCCAAAACUUCAUGUUGUGAGGAUAGGCAGCGUUGAUAGCAAUGGUACAGAUGAGGAUUACGUUGGGGAUAUUCUAGAUGAUACUCCUGCAAAGAUGGACGACGAGAAAAGCUUAAAUAGGGUCAAAAAACCUGAAAUAGACGUCGAUGAAGAGGAGCCGGUUUUUAUCAACUUAGCAGAGACGGUGCAUUCCCCGAGGUUCAAAACACGUCGAAAGUUCAAACCAAGAGAAGAUUCAGGUCAACCUAGUGUUAGUCACAACAGUGCCAGGAUCAUACCCCCUUAUCACAAUGACAAAAGCAGUACAACAAUAAAGAACGCUUACAAUAAAGGUAAAUAUACCCCCGGGUCGGGUGUGCAAAUACUGGGUGUGCCAGACCGUGAAGACGACCACAACGCAAGUUCGGGAGAGGAAUCUGGGUCAAAUUCUGAUAGCAGUGGAUCGUUCGAUUGCGGUGGAGAUUCGGACAAAUCGCCGAGAGGUUUUGAGAAAUCCGUCCCGAAACCUAAACUCGAAGCUCUAGGAGAGAUUGAGGAAGAGAUAUCCAGUGAAAGUAGCGGGGAGGAUACAACUGUGAAUGAUGUGAAAAGAUCCAGGAAUUCGGACACUUCUAGCACAUCCAGUGGCUCCGAUUCCUCCAGUGAUUCUGACUCCUACGCGGACGCCGAGGAGAACAACCUGGUUGAAGGGGGCCGCCAGUCCAUUGAAAAUAGUUCGAACAUUCCGCUAACACAAAGGAGCGGUUCUAGGGACACUGUAAAUAGAACACUCGACGGACGAUAUGGCAGCGACACGAUUGGCCCACAAAACAACACUAGACCUAAAUACAUAAACGAACAUACACAUUCUGAGGACACUGAACGAAAAGGAGGAAUACAUUUUGGUAUAGGAUUAUCUGCAAAUUUAGACCAAACGGAUAAUUCAAAACCUCCACAAGGAAUCGCUGUAAGUACAAAUAAUUUCGAAAGCAGUACGUCUUCCAGUCAUCUUGAUAAUAGGAAUCAUCCAAAAGAAGCCCGGGUAACACCACUCGAAACUGCAAUAGCUCCUCCAAAUUCUGGAGAUUUCACUGCCCCAGAUUUUUCUGCAGACGACCUCUGUGCCGAAACAGACGAGAUGUAUUUGAGGCGUAGUUCGGGUGGCAGUUAUUCUACAGGCUCCGAGGAGUUGUUGGCCUAUGGUAGGCGUCCGUCUCAUGGCAGGAGCGAGUACGUCAGCCCACUGGUAUCCUAUACACCGCCAGCCCAGCCAAAAUCUGAACCCAAGACUCCUAAGUACACCGAGACGGGUGUACAGACACUACGAUCUUACAGGCAGCCAAAUUCCUGCACGUUUAACCCUGAGAGAUACUUCAGGCCAAGCGAUGUAGAUUCCAUAACUUUUACCACCAUGGUUGAACAUCAUGGUAGCAAUGUUGUCGAAGAACACGAAUAUUCCGAGAAGGGGGCACAGAUAACCUUUGAUCCACUCUGGGACAGGGAGGACACCCAGCUUGUCGCAUCCCAAGAUGAGUUAUCAGAUGAAUGCAAUAAAUCGUCAGAUAGUAUUGAUGCUGACGCCUUCCAUAGGCCGGUUGGUCCAUCAUCACCCGCAGGCAUCCCUGGUGACCAGUCUCCAAUCCAUGCGCAUAUUUCACCGAAGUCAAGAACCAGUAGUUCAAGUUCGAGUGAAUUUGAUAAUUUUGAGAAAGAAAUAGAGAUUACAGCUGAACAGACUGAAGAGAACUUCACUGCCAAUGAGGAAUUCACCGCUAAUUUCAAAGCACCAAUUUCGCUUGAGGAAGAUUUCGACUUUGAGAUCGCCCCAAAGGUCAAGGUCGACACAGGUGAAGAGGUCAUGGUCAGCUCAGAGGCCAGGGUCAGCCCACGAGAUGAGCAGAUGAAGCCACCAUCACCCCGUGAUCAAUCAGUGCAGCGUCCCCAAACCCCUCCAUUGGUCACAGGCCCAAAGCGUAAUACUCCGUCUGUAUCAGUGGAUAUUGACAUUGACAAUGAUGUUGAAGAGCCACUGGUUGCAGCCGAGGUAAAGGCGGUCGAAUCGGCGCCCCCUGGUGGCGAGAGCUUCAACUUGACGAGCAACUUUGAUGCUGAUGAUGAGGGUGGAUCCGAGAGCGAGGCUGAGAAUAAACCAAGCAGCAGUCUUUAUAAUACAUUCAGCAAGCCAAGGGAUACGACUGAUGGGUCAACGGUCAAGCCAGAGAAGCCCAAAAAGCCAUUGGGUUUAAAGAAACCAGAUGUUAGCCCAAAGGAAACAGAAAUGAGCCGAGAAAAGCCUAGGGUUAGCGCAAAGAAACCAGAGAUAUCACCCCCAAAGCCACCAACGUUUGCAAAGCCUGUAAUAAAGAAACCGGUUACAAAUGUUGACCACCCAGCUGAAGACAAGAAGGCUCGUCCUAAGAGUGAGACAGACAAAGACGAAAAUGGUAGAAAAGAGUACAAGUCCAUCCUUCAGAAACCAAUUGCGGUCACCCCAAAGAACAUUUCCCAUCUUAUUUCACUGCCAGAUAAAAUCGCCACAGUGGACAGAUCUGAAAUUAAAGAGGCCAGGCAGGAAUACAUGAAGAAGACUGCCGAACCUGGGAAAACCAAUGAGGAAGAGAGAAAGGCCUUGUUGAGUCGAUUGCUUGGAACAAGAGACUGGUCUGACAGGCCUAAGCCUAUUCUGAAGAAACCCUCUCAAAGUUUCCGUGAGAUUGACGAUAGUAAGCGGGAAGCCCUGUCUCGAUCAUUGUCCAAGUCCAAGGAGAAUAAUGUUGGUGUCUUCAGCAAGGAAGACGUCAAAGAUAGAAUCAGUGCAGCUGUAGAGAGACAGAAACUGGAAGACAAGUCGAAUUUCAAACGGACACCAUUACGGGCGACUGUUGGUCCUAUAGCCUGCAGCAAGUACAAUGAAGAGAUGCUGAAGCGAAAGGAGAUGUCAAAAUCGCAGACUUUACCAUCUGGGUUUAGUUUUGGAAGCCCGCAGAUUGAGAAAGAGGCAUCAAAAUCAACUGACAACAUCUUAAGUGGCAGACCCAGUACAUUGCCAAGAGCUUUUUCUGUAGUUCUGGUGAGGUCGCCGUCAAUGACGUUACAUCGGACUGCCAGCUCUUUCUUCUCUGAUCGCAAGUCGUAUACCAACCUUGUUGAAACGGACAUAGACACGGGUGAAGUGACUGAAAAACCUCUUGUGAUGGAGACUGACCUAGAUGAAGUGCUUAGGAUCAGGCAGGCGACCAUGCCCCCAAAGUGUAGGAGUCUGCAGGAUCUUUACAGCCAAGCCGGGUUGAAAUCUAUUGUCAAGGAUGUUUAUGAUGAUACUGGUACAAAGGAGAAGAAAACUUGGGAGAAAACACAGAGUUUAACAGCAUUGACAUCUCUAUCAGUGUCAGUUUUCAAAGACGACGCUGAUGACGAGGUAUUCGGAGACUGUGACGAACCAGACGCUAAAGCUGAUACCAUUCAGAGAACGUCAUCAGAUCAUCAGAUGAGGAUUACAAAGUCAUUAACCAAACUCGACCUGCCUGAUUGGUACUUCAAAUGUCCUCCGAAGCCUGCAGAGGAGAAACCGGCUAGGGAAUCAAAGGUUCCCAAGUUCCAUAUUGGCGAGAGUGAGAUUGCUAACAGGUCAAGGACGUCGAGUAUCAACAGCAGUUUCUCUCAUGGUCGCCCUGUUGUCAUAUCAACACGUGUCACGAUGCCAAGGACGUCACCAACGGCGCCUGACGACAAGGCUGGUUAUGAGUUACCAAGCCAGAAGAUAAAAAAGAAGCUCGAGGAAUCCAGCGCAUAUAAACCAAUCAAGUCCAGGAUGGGCCCCAUUGACGCUGUUUUGUCAAAGAGCAGGGAAGCCUUGGCAGAGAAAGAGUUGAAGCUUGCAGAGAGGAAGCGCAUCACAGCUGAGUUCCAGAAGCAGAAGUGGGAACCUCCUGUCAUAAAAUCACCAAAGAUCAAGCGAGUGUCACCAGCUGCAAAGGUUAGGGUCGAACCAGAGACUGGGGAGUUGGACCAAGAGAAGCAACAAGCUAUUGAUGCAAUAGCUGACCUCCUUGUGGCUGACGAAGCCCCAGUGGCCAUGACAUUACCGCCUGCGGAACAGAGGUUUUCCUCAAAUGUCAGUAUGAGCAUCAAUUCAGCUAAACCGCCCCCAGUUCCAAAGGGGCACAACUCCAGCAGCGAAUCUGAACUCUCCUUCCUGAACUCCAAAAAUCAUCCUAAUAUCCACAAUAACCUCGAUAGUCAUUUCAAGCCAGUCCACACCGGCAGCAACAGCGAUAAUGACAGUUCGUUCAGCAGUAUUAAUCCACCGAAUUUCGAUAGGGCACUAGCGAGGUCCAGUCCAGAUUUAACCAGAGAAAGCCCAGAACCCAUACGGAAGUUCCAGGUAGAGACUGUGCAUGUUGCUCCUGCACCACCGAAAUCUUCGCUCAAUCUUUCAGUGCCACCAGAUGAAAUUGAAAGUAUUAGCAAUAUUGAGAGUAUUGUUGAACUAGAACCGGAAAUCCGAGUUGAAAUGCCAACCUACCACGCAGCCGCACCCGUCCAUAUGUUUGAUCCAAAACCUGUUUACCGUCCAGUGCAGAUGAAUGCAGUAGUCAAACCUAUGCAAGAGCCUAAAAAAGUGAAGACGAAACCACCACCUCCAGUUCGUAAGAGUAGUCGAAAAGAAGGUGAGAUAUCGCCUCCACUUCGGACCAGCAGUACAAGACAAGCUGACAGAUCGCCUCCACUUCGGACCAGCAGUACAAGACAAGCUGACACAUCGCCUCCACUUCGGACCAGCAGUACAAGACAAGCUGACAGAUCGCCUCCACUCCGGACCAGUAGUAGAAAGGAAGCUGAAAGACCAACCACAUUGCCGAUGCAACCACGAUCGUCAGCCAUGGAAAGGUUGAUGCCACAGCGUCCAGCUCCAAGUAGACCAGAGAUCAAUGACAGUGCGGGUAUAGCAGAAGUCAAGGUCGUGCCACAGCAGACCGCAGCUCGUCCACAGCAUACUCCUCCAAAUGCCCCUGCUCCAGUUUUCACAAAACCAGUCCAGCCCAUUUAUUACCAGCCCAACACAAGUAGAAGCUCAGAGAGUGAUGCGUCAAUCACUCAAGAUAUUUCACCAAGGUACCAAGCACCACCAUCUUCUUCCGUCGCCAUGGUUAAGCAAGCACCUUCUAGUCCACCAAAGGUAGAAAAGAAACAAGAGAAGAAAGAGUCCAAAUUCUCGUUCAAGGGCUUCAAACCAAUCGUCUCAAGGAAACCAGAAAAGUCCAAGAGCCCAGAGACGCCCAAGAGGCAUACAGCAGAAGUAGUGAAAAAGCAGAGGCCUGUAGCAGCUAAACAGCAAGAGAACAAGGCAGCAGAGCCGACGAAGGCACCUCUGUCAAUGUCACAUCCAAUGAACACUAGCAUUGAGUCCCAGGAAACUCCAUCAUUCAGGCUGGCCAGAGCACCCGGGUCAAGGCAAAACAGUUAUCGGGAAUCUCCUGUGGAUUACCAGGGACCAGCUUCCCCAAGGUCACCAAAGUCACCAACUGGUUCGUACAGAGAUUCUGCGACGUAUCCAAGGACGGAAGCAAACCAGAGAAACAUUAGGCCAGAGGUUGAACUACGCAGACACCCGCAGUCGACUCGAACAACAGAGAGACCUUACACUGAGAUUGGCCAUCAUCCGAACUGGCGACCAGCAGCAGCUGAGGAUCUGAGGAGAUCAUUCCAAGGUCCCAAAGUUAAUGCACCAAAAGCUGCCAUAGAGACGGACUCUGAUCUUUCACUGUACCUCUCACCGGAACCGUCUCCAAAGAAGACUCCAACAGAGACAGACCUUGAUGCCAUGGGAAUUCGCCGAUUACCAGCGCGAGCCAUCAUUGAGACAGACAUUGAUAGCGAUCUGUACGACUCACCAAUACGAAAGAAAGGCCAUGGAAAACAGCAAGUCCUGGAGACGAAUAUUGAUGAUGAUAUUCCAAGCAGGAACUCCUCCUAUAAAAAUGGGGAAUCGAGCAGAAAUUCGUCUUUUAGCGACAGAGAACCAAACAGAAACACCUCAAGAGAGAGGGAACCUGCACCAUCUUUGCCACCAAGGAGAUACAUUGGCUACCAAGCCGAGCCAGUACGUGACCCAGGUCACAUCCCAGAUAUACCUCCAAGAUGGGAUACCUCACGGAACUACCCUGAGAAACAGAAAGACUAUGGCCCAGCUCCUAAUAUACCGCCACGUAAAACCCCAACAAUACCUCAACCAAUCGAGACCGACAUUGAUGCUGACCUGAGCUUUUCUUCUGAUGGGUCUCGCGGAAGAAACAGACAGCCAGCCUACAACAGUGCACCCGUUCAGAAUAAUGCCAGCUACUACCAUAAUGUCCCUGGCUCAAGGGACCCAAGUUACAACCAAGCACAAGUGCAGCCAAAGCGAGAAGAUGCUUAUCAAAAAGAUAACCAGUUAAAACAACAAACGAGGUCAAAUCAAGAACCACCUCGUAAUAAAAGGCAGCAGCAGGUCCCACUCUAUUACCAAAACCAUCAGCAGAGUGAUUUAUUCAAAGUGCCACCCAUACCACCUCGUGAGGUUACUAAAGACGUUCCUCCUCCUAGCAUCCACAACGUUGACGAACUUUUCGAAACUGAUGUAGACUUUAACUUAAAUAGAUUUGAAACUGUUGCAGUGGAAGGGGACACAGAUAGUAACACACCUCAUGGGACGCUGACCAGGUUUGGGCGGAGCCAAAUGCCACAGCCUUCCACUCAACAGCCGAGAGCACAAGUUAAGUCAAACCACAGCUACGAUUUUGAUUUCGAAGCACCUUCAAACAGCUUUCCCCCAACGCUUGUGACAGCUUCCAAUACAAGUUACACAACUUGUGCAGUAGCUGCACCCCGUCAUGUGUUCAGUGUCAACGAAUCUCGCCAAAGCCAGAACGUGCCCAUGGAAACAGAAGAAGACAUGUUGUUUGCCUUCGUUGUCAACAAGCAACCAAAAGAGAUUGAUUCAGACGUUGACAUCUUGACCUCACCAAGGACGCAAGGUAACCGAGGAAGCUUGGAGUUUGGACCAGACAGUUUUCAGGCGUUGGGGAAGCGAUCGGAUUUGAAGGUGGACACAAAUUCCUUUCGGUUUUCGAAGGAGGAGGAACAAUUUAAAUGCGAGGUUGGUUUCUCCGGCGCAACAGAGCAGGAAGCAACAUUAGCAGAAGUCCUGGAUGGUCUACUAGCGCUUCCACCUAGUCCGCAAGGGAGUGAUGCAAGGGUUUCCAGCACAGACUCCCUUGAUCGGGGAACACCAGAUUCGAUUCCAGAUAACGCAAAUGGAUUUUUCGGACCAAUAUCGGAGAGUGGAGAGAAUCUUCUCUCCCUGAGUAAACGGGGACAGAACAUCGAUGAGAAUCGUGUUAAAGUCAAAUGUCGGAAUACGAACUGUGGGAAAGAGAUGGUGCUAGCUCAGGCGAGGUGUUCGUACAAGACCUGCCACAGCUGUUACACGUAUUACUGCUGCCGCCAAUGUCGCAUAAACGAUUGGCCUAAACAUAAAACCGCGUGUUCGUACAACAGAGUUGUGAGUAUGUGCAAGCACGCCAUCAAAACAAUUUAUAAAGAUCCAAAUAUACUCUUUCAGAUGUCUAAGAAAGCUAGGGCGGGGUAUUUAGCAUCCGGGCGCGGCUGUAUACUUCUUGUUUUCCAAAACUUGUUCCAAGCAGAACAGUUCGUGAGGGAGGGGCAGGCUGCGCUGCGCUUAGAACCAGUCUACUGCUCUAUGACUGAGUUGGAGGAAUACUACGUCCUUGGGGAGUACGGAGAUUCGGUGAUGGACAUGUGUGUGGAUUACAGUCCGUAUUUGAACUUUAUCGUCAGUGUUGCAAUAGUUAUGAGCAAAGAUACGCGAAGGAACUCUGGCCAGCCCAAAAAACGCGAAGGACCUGUGAUUAAAAAGUGCGCGAAAUUGUGUCUCAGCGCGAGUUUGUCCGAAUCCGUAACGGUUUCAACAACUUCUGAUCAGGGUGCUUUGAUAUUGACUGUCGGUACUAAUUCAAAUUCAUACCUAUCGCAACAUGAAGCGCGGGAUGAAAGCUUUGACAAUGUUCAGCGAAAAUUACGUCAGCGAGGUGUCUGCUUGCGUGAACAGUAUCCGGAUGUAUUCAACCAACUUAUCGCAUACGUCAAUGAAAAUCAAGCAUUUCCCCAAAUAACAAUUUAUCCGUACGACGGUUCUACUGGAAGUACAUUCAUGUGCGUUAUAAAACUCGAACAGGAACCGGUACAAACGGAACCUGUCUGUCAAAUAACAUUGGAUACCUUUACGUGAGCGUAUAAAUUUUGCGUUGUUAUGACGGUGACACGCCAGAAUAGUUGCUAUGGUAACAAAAUGGCUGCCAUCAAGGUAAUCUGUACCAUGAGAAUCGUAUCAUGGUCUUGAACGCGGGGCCGAUGUUUAUUAAUCUCAUUAAUCUGCAUCGUGUAUGCAACACUUGAAGAAUUAAUCAUGUGAUAUCGCUCGAACGUUUCUACUGCGCACUCGUCUGACGUCAUACCGUGAAUGCAAAUGAAACAAGCCGUCAUGAAUAUGUAAAUAAGACCAGAAAAUAUAUGGAAAUGGAAAUAGUGUAGCCUAGAUAUAACUUUUAAUCAAGAUGUGAGGUCAAGGCUUAAUUUGACUCAAGAUUCACAACUUUUUAUUGGAUCAUCUGAUUUUAAGGAUUUUAUGGGAUUAGGUCCAAAGGACCCGGCACUUGGGACUUAAAGAUUCAUAUAAACAGGAUUUUGUGUACUUUCUAUGCUUUCAAAAUAUGGAUUAUUCAGUUCCUGACUCUGACCAGAGGAUUGUGUAUUAUGUAAAUAAUUUGAGCUUGUCGUCAUCAAAUAGUGCAGCACAUCAUCGGAUGUAGCAAUUGCGUCAUCGAUUCUUGCUUCACUGACGGAUUACAUGAAUAGUGAAGCACUUACAUUUUUUGGAUAACGAUUCUGGUCAUCAACAUGGCCAUAACAUUUAAGAGGCGUCCAUCCCAUAAUGGUGACGUCUUGCUCCUGGACAUAUUGGAAUAUACUGUGUUUAAUUCAAGAUUACAUGCAUAUGAACAUACUGUGCAAGGAUUAUAUUUACUACUCUUUUGUCUCAUCUUUGAUUAAAGGGUUAAAAGUGUAGGCAUGAUAUGGUGAUCGACCUGUUUAGAAUAUCUCAGCUUUGAAUAACAACAUUCUCUGCCCUGGGUGAAAGAAAGUUUAAUUGAGAUAAUAUGGUCCUUUUCUUGAAAUUCGUGAGGCUUCAUGCAAUUCUCCAUAACCACGAUAAACACUGAACCUUUCAAUGCCUUCUGAGCAGAAUAAUGUCGAAGAAGGUUUAGUGUUGAUUGAAACUAUGUUGAGUCGCCUGCAAUGCCAAGAUCAGUUCCGAGUUAUGGAGAGGUGCACGAAGCUCUCACAACUUCGUUUUAUUGUUGAUUUGUCGUUCCAGUUUGAUAUCCUGCCAUUGCCGUGUAACGCGUUAAAGAAUGAGUCUUCUUUUACUAUCCGAAAACUGUCCAUGAUCGCCUUUAAAAAAUUGUAUAUAGAUUGAUAUUUCGGACACCCCUGUAUUCAAAUGCAAUUCUCAAUGAAAUUAAUCACAUUCAUCUUCUCUCAAUUCAUCGAUAUCAAGGCGUCACCAGUUUCUAUUCAAUUGGGCUUUACUCAAUCUUAAAAGUGUUACACGGUAAUUCAACUAUACAAUGUACGUUGUAAAUUCCUGCCAUUUCGAAAUGUUUUGAGAAUGUCAGAUACAGUUGACGAUUUGAUAAUUUCGUGUUUAACCCAAUUUUGGUGAUAAAACGCCCGAGAUGAGGUCAAAUUUGAUCAGGGUUUUUGUGUCCAUUGUUGAUUUAUGUUGUGAGGUGGGAAACAGUGAUCAGAGUCUUUAUGUGUCAUAUGAAAAUGUCAUUGCCAUUUUGAUAGUGUUUAAUUGGGACAAAUCUGCCAUGGAAUGAACAAUACAAGAGGAGUUUUUAUGCCAUGUUAUCUGAAUAUGAUUGAACUAAACACAUAAUUCCAAAGCAUGUAGACAUCCCCGUCACGAUUUGGACAACUAAUGCCAACAUUUCUUUUUAUCUUCAAAGAACACAUUUGGUCCACUUAUACACUUCAGCAUACAUGCAUAUAUGCACAGUUGGACACUCUCCAAAUUCCUUUACUGAUUUCUCUGCGGUUUAUUUACCUUAAAACCUACUGUAUAACAUUACCUAAACCCCUUGACACAAUCAUGCAAGUAUAAUUGACCGCAAUUCAUUGCUCUUACAAAUUCCACGCAGAAACAAAGAGAGGUACUCCUUCUUUUGGCCUGCUGAAGGUAGAGAGUGACCCCCUGUGAUGAUAAUAAGGCCAAAUAAGGACGUGCCCUUAUCAGUCCAAUAAUCACAUUUAAUGGUGAAUUUCUAUCAACAUCGCUGUCGACAGGCCCCAGGCAUGCCCUGGUAAACUUUUUCAGUGUCUGCUCCAAAAGUAAAUACACUCCACACAAUGCAUUUUAGUUUAUCGAUUUCGAUAUACCUAGUUAAUGCACUGACUGAUACUUCACUACAUAUAUACCGCUGUAAUGAUAUGCAGCGUACACCUUUGUCGGAAAAUCAUUAGAACACAUGGUACACUAGACUCUAUAAAUGUAGAAAUGCUUGUCGCACAACGAGUGGUGAAGUUGAGCAACUGCUGUCGCAAUCCUGGAACAACUUCAUUGUACUAGUAUCAAAACCCAAUACAGGCCAACAGGUUGUUUUCAUUACUAAGGCUGUCAGAUGAAUCCCUUUAAAGCUAGGUUCGAAAAAAAUCUUUCGGUACAAAUGUAUCAAGAGUUCUUAUUUCACCAUCCGAAGACAGUGACAUAUUUUUCACAGUCUUGGUGAAUGACAAAGGCAAAACUACCAGGGCUGUGCAGAACAUCCAAUUUUGCAAACUCUAACCUUACGUCGUCGUCGUCGGGACGUCAACGUGCUGCAUUUAAAGGAGGAUUAGGUUUAUUGUUCCAAAUUCAAGCAUUGUUUUCUUUUCUCUUUUAAAACAAGUAAACAUUUCUAUUUCGGCUGCUAAGAUAGUUCUGUCUGCAGUCAUUUGUGGUAUGUACACCUGCUACGAUUCCCAAGAUUGUUAUCAUACUCCGUCAUCAUAACUGGCCUGGCAGUAAAUAAAAGAGCAUAAAAUCAUAAAAUCAAUUUUACGAUAUUUGACUUCUGACUGGCCAUAAUGAUAAAUUAUAUCGAAAACAGAUGACAUGGCAUUGGGCGGAACAGACGCGCGGGUGGAUUGGACACUAAUGAUUCAGUAAUUUUGUAAUGAACUUGUGGUUGUCAGAUGAUGUUCUAACUUGAUACUCUUUACUCUUGUGUGUGUGAGUGUUGCAAUUUUAGAUUGUUGAUUGUCAGUAAGCAGUUAUUAGUCAAAAUAUCGGCCAGUUAAGUUUACGUGAAAUGUCGAUAUCUCGGGAACUUCCGAGCAAUUGAUUUCCUCCAAAUGUAACAAGAGUAAAAUCUGUCAGGUUGAUGAGAAUUUGUAGCGCAAAAUAUGGCCAAAUGUCAGUUUCGAGAACGUUCUACGGCAAAUUUACAUUCGAUCGCUACCUCAAGUACCACUUAAUGUCCCUCGACCAGUUGGGAUAUACAUUUUACCAAACAUCUAUAUUGAACGAAACUCGUGGUGAAGAAACAACUGGGCGUGAAAGCGCCCGUCAACUUGAGUUAUAGGCGUGUUCUAAUGCUCUUGAAAAUGAAUUAUUCAAAAAACCGUGAUACGUUUGAGUGUUGGAGUACUGAAUAACCAACAUGGAAAAAGCGAAAUAACUUACAUGAGACUUAUCAAUAAUCGAGUUCGGCGUUUAGGGUAAUGACAUUUUUCACUAUAAAAUUUCAGGAAACCAUUAGUCUUCGCCAAUUGCAAGUUAACUUCAUCUUCAAAAUUACCUUUAGUGUAGCAACUGACAUGCGUGACCAUGUGACUGACAGUACCGACUAGUUCUUUGAGCUGGACGGAGCCCGUGUCAAACGGCAGAUAUUGCAGUGAAGGCAAAUGCGUAAUUACACGAUUUACCGAUCAAGUAGAUGAAGUUUUACUGUUGCUAAGCUGGGAUCAAUCACCAGGUGCCAAGGUCAAGGUCACCUCAGCUGUAAAUCAAUUUGAUUUGAUCUAAUAUGUUGCUGGAGAAACAAGUUCUGCUAUUUCUAACAACCAAUAUGAAACACUUCCUCAUUUAAUUUCUGAUAUAAAGUUCAUAAUUUGUAGAGCACUAACCUUCUGAAGCGGCGUUCCGAACGUCUUAAAAGUUGUUGAGAUCUGCGUGAUUGCAUACCACAUAUAAAAAGCUCUCUGAAAUUGAUACGAAAAGACAUUCAAAUUUAGCUGUUAUUUUUGAAAGUUUAUUUCCUUGAUCAUAUUCAGCCUCAGAAAGCUCCUUUGCUUUGCAGUGUGGAGAUCUAUGAUACUUCAAAUGAAUUUUGAAAAUGAAAGUAUUUUGAAGCACGGACGUUUCAGCUGAUGUAAGUGCUGGUGAUUGAAUAAAGCGAGUGCAAAAUUCUCACUUCAUUUUCAUGCUGGCCAAGCAGCUUUGUACGAUCCUAUACCCAAUCUAUACCAUCUGUGACAACACUCAUCUUAGCGUUUCAUCAUAUCACUAUCCCUUUAAGCGGGACUAGUUUUACAGAUGGAGAAAUUAUUACGGACACUUUUUUGCUCAUGAAUAACGUUUAAUAUCAAAUAUCGACUAAAAAAUUAAAACAGUAAUUAUAUCAGCACCAUGUGAUUUGAUUGUGGGUUAUCAGGAAUAAUUCUGAAAAUUACCUCUCACUUGUAGAAGAUAGUUGUUUAAAUCAUCUAGACCUUGUAAUCUCUGACCGGAAUUUGACAUCAAUUUGAUAUAAAAUAAACACUUUCCAUUUAAUGUUGGAUGACCUGAAAACAUAUAAUAUACACUGUGAUGCAGUCGCUCUAUUAACCAUAUCAUAUUCAACAGACCCUUUAAUGUUUUCUUAAUUGAUUUAAAGAAUAAUUACAUACGUACUUAAAUUGACCACAAAAACCUCAGUGGUGGUUUACCAGGGUAAGAAAAACGAUGCGCCACUCUCCCCAAAAUGAAGAUAUAUAACCUGGCAUAAAAACGGCUCAAGCUACUUUAACAGGGGUUAAUCAAAACAAAAUAGCGAAAUAUCAUAUUGAGGAAUUUUCAUUCUUCCUGUCCCGAAAAUACAACAUGCAUUCUCACACAACACCCCGAUUUAGAAUCGUCAUUGUUCGGCAACAUUGUCUCUCCGACAAAGAGUGGGAUGGAAGCAAUAUGUUAUUUAUAAUUUAGCCUAAUCAUACCUCUGAAUCGUAUGCAUCUAGUGCUAGCAACCAUGCUAGUUUUGGUUCAAGCAUCAGUAUGAUACUGAAGCAGACCAAAACCCUGUUAUUUCAAAUGCAUCUUUUGAAGUUAUAUAAGUAAUAGGUUUUUGCGCAGACUGAUCAAUGUUUUGCCAAGUUUUUAUGGUGUGACAUCGUUAUCAGAUAUGCUCAACAUCCAUUUAUAAACUGUAUCAGUUGGGACGGUUCCGGAAUGUUCUUGGUACAGGACACAAAACCAUGAAAACACUCACGAUAUUCAAUCUGUAUCUUUUUUGUACUUAUGAUGUAGCUCAUAUUUCAUUCCAUGGCAGGUUUGCAAUCAUUUCUAUACGUUUGAUACAUGUGUUCGCAAAAAUGUUCGAAUCUAGUGUCCACAGCCUUUGGAGUCACCAGGCACAAUUUUACAAGUGAAAGGUGGUCAAAGUUGUGAUAGACUCUGGCCGAUGUUCAAGUACUAGUAGUAGCAGUGUAUGACACAGCUGCUAGUAGUAAAUGCCAGUCAAUAUUUAAUCCAUCCUGCAUAAACUAGACUCCUGAGGCUGUCCACAGUUGUCCUUAACUAAGUCUUCCUAUGUAAAUAGGAGGUACAAACAUGAGUAUUGUUUGAAACAACCCGUCCUGUUGUUGGUAAUUAUUUCAUCUGUAAAAGUCUAGUGGAUUUUGCCAUUGUCUUUUAACUUUGUCCAUCCCAUGCAGGGGCCUUGGCUUCAGCCAGAAAAGUGUCACAGAAGCACGCCCACAGGGUUCUGCAUUCAAGUUGUUAUUUGCGAUGACGUCCAAGUAUAAUUUGAUGAUGUUUAUAAACAAUAUUAAAUGACGUUUACAGAAUAUUUGGUAACAUUCACAACUUAUGAAUUUGACUCCUGUAAACGGAGAAACGAUGGUAAAGAGGUUUAACUCAUACCCGGUAAAAAGAUGUAUUAAUAUAAGCGAAAUUUACCAUACUUUCUACUCCCUUUCUGAUGAAAACAAAUAACUUUUACAAUUAACAUUCACAUUCGAUUUUUAGCCAUUUAAUUUGUGCAAUAUCUUUUCGCACAUUAUUUUUCACCAGAUCUAUUUUCAUUGUUUAUUAUGUAACACCUAACAUUGAUCUAAUGAUUAUUGACUAUUGUUUCACAUGAAAAUGAAAGUUUUUCUGAAUUUAUCACAUUUUUUUCCUUAUGACUACACAGGAACCAGAUUCUCGACAUUUUGUUCUGUGCACAUGAUGUAGAUUCUGUAUAAAAAUCAUGUACAUUUCUCAAUGCUACUUUCAUCGCUUUCUAAACAGAGUCCUGCCAAAUGCAGAUUUUCAGUGUACAUAAUUAUCAUGUAUAUUUUAACUAAAAUAUAUUGAAUAUGCCACUUUAAA